AUGAGGAAUAUAUGUGUGAAUGGAAAAGGUAUGUGGAGGACCACAAUACAUAUUUGGAAUCUGCAGAAAGUGAGAGUAGGCCUAUGGAUACUAGCAUUAUUAGAGGUGAUUCAUUGUGCUGAACUUGAAAAACAUGUUGAAAAUUGGAGAAAAAGUAUGGAACAGAAAUCCAAAAAUGCAGCUCCAUCACUUUUUGGAAGUGUCAGUGUGAAAAGCAGUGUCAGUAGCACACGAUCUAGUCUGAAGAAAGAGAAAGAAAAAUUUGCUUUGGCAGAAUUGAAUAUACAGAAAAUAAGAAGACAGCAAGACAUUUCAAAGAGAAUUCAGGAGUUAGAGAUGGAAAGAGAGAUGAUAAUGGCUGAGAGCAAGUUGGAAGAGGCAAGAGUCGCUGUAGAGACUUUGGUUGUAGAGAAUGAUGAAAAAGAUAUUAACAUUGAUAAAUCUGUUGCCCCACCCCACCAAUUUGAAUUUUAUAGCCCAGAAGCUUUACCCAAAUUGUCGUAUAGUAAAGGUAAAAGUAACCCGGAUUUGCCACGCGUAUUUCAAAAAUAUUUUUUAUUUGACCGUAACAAAAGUUAUUGUGCUUGA